AACUAUCAACAUCCAAAACUAAACUUAUUUAGUUAUUCUGAAGAAUUUUUCUUGUCAACAGCAAUAAAAUAAUUAUUCCAAUAAUAAUUAAAACAUGGCGAAAUAUAGUUUAAUAUUUUUUAUAAUAACAUUAACAGCAUUUUUAACAAUAAAUUCAGUGCAAUGUAAUUCUUCCGAGGAAGAGAAAAGUCAUCAUUUUACAAUGGGUUUUAUGCAAGGCGGUGAUCGUUUAUUGUAUCGUGGAAUAAUCGUAAAAAAAUCGAAAAUCUUACAAGUUCGCACCAAAGAUAUUACAUUCCCUGAAAUAGCCGGAAUUCCAGUUGGACCAACAAUUACAUUCAUUAAAGCUACGGAUCAAUACCAAAAUGGAGAAGGUGGAUAUGCAUCAAUCUACGAAGGUGGAGUUGGCCAGAAAACCGUUACGAUGCAUCUAAAAUCUCAACGUGGUCAUGGAUUUAAUUUCUUGAUUGAAAUUUAUGGACAUUAAAUUUAUCUUAAUUUUGUUAAUUUGUGAAUAAUUUAUUAAAUAAAUAAUUUGUUUAAAUUAUAAUUCUUUUUUAUUUGG